GGUAUAAAAAAAAUGCCGCGAAAUGAUGCUUAGUUCUGCAUCACAAAAAGAAUCUUACAAGUGGUAAACAUAUGGGAGUAAUGCAGUUAACAGAGGCAUCAAGGGUAGAGUGUAGUGGGAAAGUCAAGUAUUCCGGGAUUGAUACAGGAAAUGUAUCGUGGAAAAAUGGAACUCUUAUUAUCCAGCUUCAUAAUGGACGAUGGAGCAUGAACUUAGAGUAUGAUGUCAGUCCAGGCAAUUCACACAAAUGUAUAGCUCUUUCUCCUGGUGUCAUCAAGAAGUUAAUUUGUAAGGCUCAGCUCGUUAUUGAGUUACAGACUGGUAGUUCCUCCAUGAAUUUUCAUUUGAAGCCGCACGGUCCUAAAGAUGAGCAGGAUAUGAAACGAGUUUAUGAAAAAUUACUAAACAUUCAGAAAUUAAAGGAUGAACCAGGUUUAGCCAAAGCAGAAGUAAAGAUGACACCAACCAAACAAGUCAUUAGUAAUUACCAUACAGAUCAUCACAUAUCACCUGAUACAUUCACAAGGUACAGUGUGAAACCAAAAGACAGAAAAAGAUCGUUAGACAAUGAUAGUGAUGAAGAGGGAAAAGAAAAUAGAACAAGAAAUGGCAAUGAGAAGUUUUUAGAAAGGGCAGCUGAAAAGUCAAGGUUGUGGCGGUCAUCAGAAACCACUCCAAUAAAAUUUUAUGGUCAAAGUUCAACUCAAACAACUUAUGGUACCCCAUAUAGCAGUGGUAGAAGACCUGGAUUGAUGCCAGAUCCAACUCCAUCAAAGAUACCAAGACUUGGUAAUGUUAACUACAGCUGGAUGAAACCAAAGUUAACAGCCCCGUCAGAUACCUGUCAACAACAACCAAACUUUCAUGGGUUCUCUAACCUUGGUAAUACUUGUUAUAUGAAUGCUAUACUCCAAUCCCUUGUCAAUCUUGAUACCUUCACCACAGAUCUACUGUAUGGAAACAAAAGAAUUCUUAGGACGUUGGAAUCUUCUUCAUUGUAUAAGUGUAUGGUCCUCGUCUUCAAUUCUAGAUUGAAGAAUGUUACUGAUAUCAAUAAAAGAGAAUAUCUUAGGAAUUUGAAACAGGCCAUUUCAUCAUCAGCUAAAAGGUUUUCUGGAUAUCAACAACAUGAUGCUCAUGAAUUUCUUGGUCAGUUGUUAGAUCAGUUAAAAGAGGAAGUGACCAAGAUAUCCAAGUCAACACCAAGUCCACAUCGAGAUAAUGAGGAAACAGAAAGGACACCUCAUGAAUGUAUUAAUCCUACUGUACAGAACUUUGAAUUUGAAGUACUACAUGGCAUCAAAUGUGAAAACUGUGGAGAGGAAGUGACUAAGGAAGAACAGUUUAAUGAUCUCUCUGUAGACAUGCCUAGAACUAGAGAUUCAACCAAUCCUAGAUCUUUACAGGAUGCCCUAGAAUUGUCUUUACGGAAAGAAAAUAUAGAAUAUACUUGUGAAAAAUGUAAUUGUAACAAAGCUGCUGUCUCUCAUAAAUUUACCAAAUUACCAAGAGUUUUAGUUUUACAUCUAAAGCGAUACAGUUAUAAUAUGAUGAUGUCUCGCCAAGCGAAGGCAGGACAGAAUAUAACCAUUCCACGAUAUCUCACCCUACAAUCUCAUUGUGAAGAGGAGACACGCCCACCUUACCCAACCAUCCCUCCACCAGAACCUAAAAGUCUUACUGUGCCAGACAGUCCACUCAGGGAAAAGAAUGAAAACACACCUAGAAGAAAACUGGACGUAAUGAACCCUUCAGCAAACCCUUCAAAUUUCAGAUUUAAAAAGAGUAGAGCAUUACCAGAUUUUAAUAAUGAUGACGACCCCAGCAAAGCUUCUACACAACAAACCAGCACACCAUAUAAAAAACUCAAAGAGGAACCAGAAAUUAUAACAGACAGAAAACUGACACUAGAUGAUGAUUUUGAUGACCCUGAACUAGCCAAAGCUUUAGAACUGAGUCUAAAAGAAGCUAAUGAUAGGAACCAGGGCUUUCUUGAUGAAGUAGAUGGAAUGGCAGAAGAUGGAGAUCUUAAAAAAGUAUUGGAAAUGAGCAGAAAUGAUCCAGAAAGCACCGUCACUGACCAUGAUUAUGACAAACAAUUGGGAUCCAUGACAGAAGAGGAACAAAUAGAAUUGGCUAUGAAGAGAAGUAUGAUGGAAUUUGAAAUGAUGCAUGAUUCCUAUACGCCAGAGGAUAUACGAAAGGAAUGUAGCUCUGAAAUGAUGCAAGAUUCAUAUGAAUCCCAAGACAUCCGAAAGAAGUAUAGGUCAGCAGUGGCUGAAGAACUUUUUAGGGACGAUGAUGUUAGAAUGAAUGGUGUAGAGGAUAAUAGCGUUACCUCAAAGUAUUUUAGAACAGCACAUAGAAAUAAUAUAGAAGAUACUAAAAUGCCGGAAAGUAGUUCAGGGAUAAAAUUGGAGAACGGUUGCUCGCCUCUAAAGUCAUGUGAAAAUAAAUCUACUUAUGAAUUAACAGAAAAUUCUUAUUUCCAUUCGAAUUCAUCAGACGUGAAACUUUCUCAAGGCAAACAGAUCUCACAAAACUUUAAUUCAAAUUUGUCAGAUAGUACAAUUGGUGAGGAAAAAAUCCAAUGUAAUGGAGUAAUGUUUGAUGCCGAUAUAAAAUCAGAGGAUGAGGCCAGUAAUGAAAAUGAAGUCAUGCUUAUUUCUGAUAACACAGACAGCGAGACUGAUAAAUGCUCAAAAAUCAAGUCCAAAAAUUGUACGCAAUCAAACUCUAAUUUAAAUGUUUCCGAUCAGUGCAUGGAGAUUAGUGAUAGUGAUUCUGACAAACAAAAUACGAAUAAUUCAAACUCUCAGGAUGAAAGUCGGUUGACCAACAUGGAAUCAAAACCAAAAUUAUCAAAGGAUAUAGAAAAUAUUUUAAUGGUAGAUGAAAUGACGUCGUCAGACAUAAGACCUUUGAAGAAUGUUGAUCGUCCACAGCUUGGGAAAGGUAUAUCACAGGAGGGCACAGAUAUUGUAGACCUGUUCUGUAAAGAAGAGGAUGAUUUUCUAAUGGAACAAUGGGAUAAAGAGAACUACAAUCCUGAUGGCAGCUUAAUGAAAGAAUUGGAGGAAAUUUUACCUAGAAUUGAUAAUGAGAAAGGAGAACUACCAUAUUCAUAUCGCCUAGUCAGUGUUGUUAAUCAUAUUGGUAGCAGCUCUGUUGUUGGUCAUUACGUCAGCGAUGUGUAUGAUAUUAAGAAGGCCAGUUGGUUUAGCUGUGAUGAUUCACAUGUAUCAAGAACAACAGAAACUGAUGUCAGAACCAAACGUGAGAGAAGUGGAUACAUAUUCUUCUAUCUGAACAAGGAUAUAUUUGAUGACUUGAAGGACCAUUAUGCUGUCCUUGCUAACAAGAAGAAAUGAUGUACUUUGUGAUUAGUUUUCUUUUAGGGCUAUUCCAUUAAAAUGUAUGUGGGAGGGUAGGAAGGGAAGUUUGAUUAUUGAAUGUGGGUCAUGGGUCGUUUUUCAGUAUGCAUCUAUUACCAUUAUACAAAAUUAUCUAAAAAAUGGUUCUUGGUUGUAGGGAUAUUUUGAAAGUCCCUUCCUACCCUCCCACAUACAUUUUAAUGGAAUAGCCCUUAGACAUAUAAGAUACAGAGAACAAAUAUGAACAUUGAAAAAUAGAGUUGACUAAAUUAAGUGAUGGUUAAUUACAACGUGUACAAAGGUCAAGGAAAUGCUAUUCGAACAAAUUAAUUAUGUCAUCCCCCAACAUGUGUUGGGAAAAUAAUGUUUUUGUCCUGUCUGUUACAAAAUUGUGUCUGUGCAAAAACUAUAUAGCUAUCUACAGUUUAUAAAGGAAUAGAAUCAAGCACAACGGAUUUUUUUACACUGUGUGUCAUGUCUGGUUCAUAUAUAUAUAUUUCAAUGUUAUUGAUUUUUUGGGUUUCCUGUAGUAGCACAUGAACUUAAAAUAAUAACAUAUGAGGUGGUUUAUUAAUGUAAAAAAUCCUUCAGUUUACAUAAGAACCACACUUGACAGAAUUAUUUCAAACUUCAUGUAGCUGUGCACCUCUUUACUUAUGUUUGGAGUUUCCUGUAGCAAUAUGAGGACACCAUUUCUUCAAAUCUAAACAUUUGUCAGCCUAGUAUCUCCUACAGUUUUACGUAGGUUCUAAACUUUAACCUGCCACCUUUAUUUUUAAUCAGAUUAUAUUUUUUUAGUUUUAUACUUUAAAAUGUAUACUGUUCAUUUUUCUUUUUUCAACACAACAUAUUCUACAGUUUGCAUAAGAGAAUUUAAUUAAACAGGACAAAAUUGCUUUAAAUUUACUUUUUAAGAAUGAACAAUUAUUGGAUUACAAUUUCAGUAAAUGCUGCAUACAAAUGUUGCAAACAAAAUUUAAAAUGCAAGUUUUUAUUUUUACAAUACAUGUUCCUUUUCAGUAGCAAUUUUGCAAUAAUAAAGACAUUGCAAAUUCGAGAGUUUACAUAACCACAAGAAAUGCACGUGUUAGUCAAUUGUUUUUUUUUUUAAGGUGGGGGGGGGGGGAAUGAAGUGAACAAAUAUAUGAUAAUCAAUGGUCGGCUACUUAUGUGAGGGUCUGGAUAGGGUUUACAGAAUAUAAAAUAAUGAGCACUCAAAAAAAAAGGGGGGAGUAAAAAUAAAGAAAUAGAGAAUAAAGUGCAUGGAGAGCCAAAAUAUAAUGAAUAGAGAAUGGGCCAAAAAAACAAGAAAUUGACCCCAAAAAUUUAAGAAUACAGAAAUGGAAGACACCCAUCCAGACCCUCUUACAUUUAUUGUGUUUUGUUAUUAAAAUGUUAUGUUUUAUUUAGAAUGAAAUUAAGCAUUCAAAUUUUAUAUGACAAAUAUUGGUAAAUUUUUAAGUCAAAGACUUGUGUAAAUUUACAAUUUAUCAUGUAUAAAUAAAUGUACAAUAGAAAAUCAAAAAGUACUUUAUUAACUUCAUGAAUUUUCAAGCAAUUGUUGUUGAUUUUAAAAUAAAUAAGUUUUUUUACUUAAAACUCUUUUAAGGUUUCUCACUUUAACUGGAAAAAGCCUGAAGUUUUAUGUCUGUUGUUCUAGGCACAAAACUAUAGGGCUUUUGAAAUUCAUGGAAUCACAAAAAUCCUGUGAUAACUCUGAAAUUUCAUUCAUUCAUUCGGUGUGGUUGAAAUUCCAGUUAUUUCCCUUGUGUAAUUAUAAGUAUAGACUAACUUGAUACUGGCACUUUAAGUCAGAAAUUCAGUGUUUAAAUAUGAUUAAAAUGAAAUUUUGAAAUUAUAGGUCAGUAUAUUUCUCUAUUCUACAUGUACAUGUAGAAUUUACUAUAGCAUGGUAUGUUUUUGGAGGUCAACUGAACUUCUAAAUGUUAACUGUCUAAAAUGUGUUUCAUAGUCAAUUAUUUAGUUUCUAUUCUAUGCAUUAAAUUCAUUUCUACGUAAAAUUUGUUAAGUAUAUUUUUACCUAUUUAUGAUUUGUUUUGAUUAUUGUUAAUAUAAAUAUUUAAAAUGCAUUCAUGUAUACAUAUGUUUUGAUUAUUGUUAAUAUAGAGAUUUAAAUGCAUUUUAUAUGUUUCUCAGUGGUAUUAAAACAAAAUGUUUAUAUUGACA